AUGACCGAACCUUCGAUAUAUCCUCCGCCGGGGGGCCGCCUGCUGCCGUUGAGUCGACAGUAUCACUCAACGCCUCAGUCUCCCAAGCACCAGCGCCAAAACUCCGACGACCUCAUAACCCGCCUUUCCCCCAUGAACGCGAUCGACACUUUGCGCGCGCCUAGCGGCCCGCUGAAGUCCUGCAUGGACGCGGCGACACCCAGUGAACAGAGCUUUGCGCUGCGGGCCGCCGUGGCCUCAAAAAAUAUUUACGAAUGGCUUGAUGAGCUGCGAGACUGGCCCUGGCCCACCGAGGGGGGCCUCGGCUUCCAGGCGCCGAGUUCCACACAGGGCGAGCUUCAGUCGCGCGGCAGAGCCGGCUCGACUGUCGAUCUCGCCUCGGAAGACGGAGCCGCGACGUCAAAGCAGGUGUACAACGGAAGCCUGCUGGAAUCAGAGAUGACGCGGUACGAAACGCGUAUUACUGAGAUACAGCAAGAGCUAGACAAGCUGGAAAUCGAGGACAUCAAGAGGCAUGUGCUGCACAACCACAUCAUGCCGCUCUCGAGACCAGGAACUCCGGCAAGCCCUAGCUUCGAUCGCCACUUCGGAAUGCCCUCACUUUCCUCUUAUGUGAAAAUGGACGACUUGACAGCCGUGAUCACAGCGACGGUUGUGCAGGCGUUGCCGAAUCUUUCCAGGCUGUUAAGACUCAUGAACGCGUGGAGCGCUCGCUUGACGGUUCUUCGACGCGUUCCUUUGUGGAUAUCUUUUCUUGCUAAUGCUGAGACUGCGCUCAAAUCAGCCUGGGCCACCAUUGAGCAGGGAUCAAAGUCUCAUGCACAAGAACCACUUCCAGAGCAGAGCCCUGAGGCAGAGAAGCCCUCACAGCACAAUUACGAAGUCACGAAGCUGUCAUUAGAGAAGAAAGUUGCGAUAGCUGCGCGCUCACUCGACUACAUGCUCGACAAUCUCGAGGGCCGGGAUGACACCCUGCCGGACGAAUGGCUUGACCGCAUGGAGGCCGUCGAGCGCGAAUGCGCGGAAUGGACUGCCGCGUACGAGAAAAGGCUCCGAGACGAUGAAAUGGCCGCUUUGCAGAAGCAGGCGGAAGCCGAUAGAGCUGAAAAUGCAGCAACAGACGCCGAGCCCGAGGAGCCUGCUACGCCAGGGCCGAUUAUCCGUGUUGACCAUCCCGAUGGGUCUGAGUCUCAAGAUUUCGGAGACGAUGGCCUUGACGACCCUGAUCGGCCGAGGCCUAGCGUGGAAAACUAUGAUGCAUUAAGCAGGUCUCCGGUCAAUUCUAUCACCAAUGACCGAGGAUCGACGCGAAGCACCACCAGUCCUGCGGCUGACGAGUCAGCAUUAAGCAUCGACGACCUGGACGCUGACCACCUGUCGUUGGACACUGGCGCUCACGCGCCCGGCUCCGAGAACCACCGGCCAGGUACCGCUGUGUCAGAUGCUUCGACCGUCGUUCGCGCACAACCUCGAGACCCAUCAAUGACUCCGGACCCUUUACCAGUGAACAGCAGCCGCACUUCUCCACAUACUCCGCCGAGGGAAACACGAUCGACAUCGAUGCCGGUGGGAGACAUGCCGCCAGUUCUUGAGUAUCCAGAGGACGAGGAGAGCUCAGAGGACAACUCGUUGGGCUCUUCCUUUAACAGUAACGCAGAGGAGCUCGGAAGUCCUAUUGUCCUCAGCCAGGCAAAUGGCGAGGAUGAUCACAUGCGUAAGCAGAUCAGCCAGAUCUUGGAAAACAUUCCGGCCAAAAUUCAGCUUUCCUCCCGCCCAACCAUCAACCACCUCAACCCUCCCGAUCUACAGCUGCCAUACUCCAAGCCGAGACCUACGGCAGAUAGGACUGUUCGCAGCAAAUCCAGCAUCGAAAGCAAGGUGGAGGUGAAGGACAUUCCUCGAUCCACCAGCGCCCUCAGCACUCGACGGCCAUCCGCCAGCCCCUCCAUUCGCCCCAGCCCUCCUAGCCGCCCCGGCUCGGCCCUAGACUCAACCAGUCCUAUCUACGUCAAAAAGAAGCGACAGCCCAGCGGGGGCGAAGACCUCCUGGGCCCAAGACUGCCUGCAACACCUCUUGCAUAUGGCAGCCAACGUGCCUCGGAGCCGCCUUCCUCGGGGUCAGGAAGCACCGGCCGCUCGCGAUCGAGCUCGCGUCUUAGCUGGGACGAGGAGGACAGCUCGCUUGGCAUGGCGGGGCCCAGGGGUAUGAGGAAAGACAUUCCCCAGGAGAGUCUGGACUGGGUCGAAAGCAUCAAGGAGAAGGUGCGGGCCGUUAGUGGCGGCUCGGCUGCACCACCAAGGGACCAGGGCAACGGAAACGGCAAAUUCGGCGAAUUGGGCAGGGUAGGAGGGACUAAACGGCUGUUCAGGAAGCCCACGUGA